GUGUUUUUCUCUUGGAUUUUUUCUCCACCACCGAAACGAAGAGGGCCGUUGCGAGCUUCUCUCGUAGAACCAUGUUUCGCUUUCUCGUUGUUCCUUCCAGUCGAACGAAACGCCUCCAACUCCCCGUAGAGACAUCCCUUCCAAGUGACAGCGCAAGCGUGUGACCGGAAGGCACACCAAGUAGGGAACGUCGCGUCUUCGUCUUUAAAUCCUCUGAAACCUUGAGGAGACGACGCGUACGCAGGGAAUGAAAGGCGCCUUUGUCUCUCUCUCUCUCCUGCAUGUCUUCGAGAGCCUCCAGGGAGAAGAACUAUUUUAUAAUGUACAAGAGGAAGUCUCGCUUCAGUUGUCCUGUGAGUGGUAUUCCGCGUCUGCCGAAAGGAGACAAAACACCGUACGUUCCCCUCUUUGUCUCUUCUCUUCCCCUCUCUCUCUCUCUCUCUCUCGCUUUGGUCGCUUCUACCCGACCGACCUUCGGCCUUUGUGUCUCCUCCUCAGCAGGCACCUGCCGUCUACGUUCGCCUUUCCUGUCCCGCUGAAGAAAGCGAAGAGGAACGCGGUCUUUGCUUUGGUCUCCCUUCAACUUUGUCUGGCAGCUUCUGCUUCGUUUGCAUGUGUAGAAAGUCGCGAAUUGCUGGUAGCCGCUCCUCUUCUCGGUUACGCGAGGCGAACUCUCGUCGCCACAGAGGGGCACAAAAUGAGAACUCUGGGGGCUCUGUCUCCUGCCUUUCGCGGAAACCAUUGCGAAGCCUGAAUGUUGCUCUUCGGAUGCGAAGGACGAGACUCACAAGACGCGUCCAUUCGCUUCAGGUCAGGGAACUAGGCAACGUGGAAGGCUUUCUGACACUCAGAGACGACGGAGAGCAACGAAGUGAGAGACGUCUCAGAGUUCUGAGGCGUCUGAGAGAUGGAUUCCGAGCUCGGCGACGCAGUUGGAGACUAGCGAAACUCUGACUGCAUGCACAGAGAAACUUGGAUCUGCCAAGCCAACGCGUUCAAGGUCUAAACGACGCGACGUCGGUGCAACCGUAACAUUCCAAAGCGCCUCCAUCCCUCUCCUUACAACGGUGUAGACAGAUCAACGUUCUGGAGAAAAAGGUCGCUUUGGUGCUGUCCCUGGAGAACAGAGGGAAGAGGAGAAGGGAGGUUUUUCUGUGAGAAGGGAGCGCAAGAUUUCGAACUCGGCCUUCCUUUUUAUAACUGCUCACCGUUCAAACGUAUCCAGUGUAAAGUACGAACGUGAUGCAUCUCGAUCUUCUCUGUUGGGGUGGUGAAUCAUUUUCAUCGUUUUGACAGUAAUUCGCAGGCAUGUCGCUGACAUGAAGAUGACCAAACCUCCUCAGUGACCCAGAUCGAGAAUGGGAGCGCCUCGUUUCUCUUCUUCUCAUCCUCCCUACGCCUUGCCGUCUGUCCGCUGGUCUUCAGACAAGCAUCGCGUCUCUGGGGCAUGUCUUCUCCAUUCUUUAUGCUUUUCACACUGCCUCCCACCGCCAUCCACUCCGGGCUCCUCGUUGUCUUCUUCCUCUUCUUCUUCCUCUUCUUCUUCUUCCUCUUCUUCUUUCUCUGCUUCGCGCCUUUCUUGUUUGGAUUCGGUGCGUCUGCGAAAGAGGUUGACGAUGGAGCCUCGGGGGUUUCCUCGUUUGUUUCUUUUCUUCCUUCGCGUCUCUCUCCUCGUGUGCGUGUUUCUUCUUCCUGAGUCUUCGGCGUCAAUCACCAACUCAAAAAGCCGCGCCAGUCUCUCGUGUCAAGUUCUCUCUCCCGCUCUGCUGAGUUCGAUUCUUCCCCUGUCUCCUUCCUCUGUUUCGUCUCCCUCGCUGUCUUCUCGUCGUCCGUCUUCUCCUUCUCUUUUCUCAAAGGUGUGGUCUCCUUGUUUCGCGGCUGCCGCGUCGAAGAAGAAACCUCACGAAGACGCCAGUCGGUCGUCCAGGGCCUGGGCGCCGGCCUCUGCCUUCAUGCCCUCGUGCGCUUUUGCUGCCGCUGCUUUCUCGUCCUCUUUCUCUCCGUCUUGGUCUUGUUCGUCUCCGCUUUUCGCCACAGAUGUUCGCUCGCGUCACUCCCCCUGUCGAGGGCAUCCUUUCCCUCUUCGGGAUUCGGCGACGAAGUCGCUCUCCGUCGCGUCCUUCCUCUCUGCGUCCCUUUCCGCUGGGCAGUCGGCGGGCAAGGCGUCGCAAACACUGCAUGCGUCUGCCAGUCUCCCCGGAACUGCGGAGGAGGCGGCUCUGUCCUCGCCGUCUCCGCGCCUCGCUGCCGCAGAUGGGGAAGAAGCGGAGCAAGCCGCGAAGCUUGAGCCUGCGAACUCUGAAGCUUCGAGCGACCGAGAGACUGCAUGCAGGGGCGAACAGGGCAAGCGUUUGACGGACGCUGCGCUUGUCUCUGAAGAAGGCAAGAAAAGAGGAAGCAGCGAAGAGAACGCAAGGCUGGACUGCGAUGCGAACGGAAAGACGGCGACCCAGAACGCUGUUUGUUUCGGAGAUGCACCCGUCAGUUCCUCCCCCCAGGAAGAAGAAGGUGACUAUUGGAGUGACGAGCGUUCGGCGCCUGAAGAGAGAGGAAGAGAAGACGCCUCAGAAGAGGCAAAGAAAAAAAGAGCAGAAACGGGAGAAGAACGAGACGCGCAGAGGUCGAAAAAUCUGUCGGAGACACAGACAAGGAGCAUGAAGCGGAAAGAACAGGAAGAUCGGACUGCGAAAGAACAGCGUUUUGGGGAGACACCAGACGAGGACGGAGAGACACUUACACUCCUCUUCCCAGAAGAAGAAGAAGCUCGACAGAAAACCGCAGUUGCUGCAGCGGCAGCGCGAGCGGUGGCUGCGACAACAGGCAAACUGUUUUCUUCUUUGCAUCCGAAAAUAUCGACCGCCACUGUCGAGGCCUUGAGGGCGAGAGGCAUCACCACGAUGACGCCGAUUCAGAGUGAAAGCUACGAGGUCUUGUUCGAGGGCCGCGACGUCGUCGCCAGAAGCGAAACGGGCAGUGGCAAGACAAUCGGCUUUGCCUUGCCGCUGAUGGAGCGCGAGCGACGAGAAAUGGAGAAAGACUUCUCCCGAGACUCUCCAGCAGAAGACGGAAACUCUUCUGCGAAUGACACAAGCAGAGACAGCGGCUUCUACGAACAGCCGAGACUCUUGAUACUCGAACCGACAAGGGAACUGGCUCGGCAGGUCGCCCAGGAAGUGGAGCGCCUUGGCGAGUCUCUUGACCUCUCUUCCUUCUGCGUCUACGGGGGAGUGCCUAUGGAGUCUCAGCUGCGCCAGUUGCGGCGCGAAAAGCAGCGCACAGCUGGGCGACUUCUGUCUCCGGGGACGCCAGACGGUGCGUCUUCGUCGGAGAAGCGUUUGAGAAAGCAGGCGGCGUCAGGGCGGCUCGACGUCCUCAUUGCGACGCCAGGGCGCCUGCUCGACCUCAUGGGCCUCAACGAGGGCAGAGAGACACCCCAGCGAGACAUUGACCUUUCCUCUGUGCGUCGCGUCGUCCUAGACGAGGCCGAUGAAAUGCUCAAGCUGGGCUUUGCGGCAGAUGUGGAGAGGAUCUUGCAGAAAGUGAAGGAAAAUCCUUUCAACGUCCAGUUGAUUCUCUUCUCGGCUACCACGCCUGGUUGGGUGCAAGACGUCGCAGGGACGCACUUACGAAAUCCGACAAACAUCGACAUUCUCGCGGAACGCAAGCUCAGAACGUCAACGACGGUGUCUCACCUCGCUGUGCGUCUUCCCUCUCUGACUCCGUCGGCGUCGGCCCUCCCGCGCUCUUCUUCUUCUGGGCGAGGGAGCAGCUCGGCCGUCGCGGCUGCUGCGCCGCUUCUUCAGGACCUGAUUCUUGCAGAGUCCGAGAACGGGAAGCAAGCGAUCGUGUUUGUGCCGACAAAGGCGGACGCAGAUGCUCUCGCGAACGCUGCAGACUUUGAAAGAGUCGGCGCCAGCGUCCUCCACGGGGACAUCGGCCAGGAAACCAGGCAGGCCGUCAUGGAAGGAUUUCGGAGAGGCAAGUGCCAGAAAACGCUUUGCUUUUCUCGAAGACAGUGGCCUGGGCGAGCAAAGAGAGCGCCACAGAUGUGGAGAGUUGUUGAAAAAGAGUUGUUGAAGUCGUGAGAUACUGAAAUCCACCAUUUUCUUGUGUUUCAAGGAGUCCUUUCGGGGAGCUUCUUCUGAGCCAGGCUUGCUUCGCGUUGAACGCGUCUGGUUUACCUCUUGAAAGUCGUCGUCUGUCGGAGCCCAGAUGCCCUCUCGACGCAGGCGGCUUCGAGUCCUUUAGCUUCACAGAGGAUUUCCUUCGCUCGCGAACGAACUUGAAAGCCGCCAGAAGGAAAAUUAGGAAACGGUCGAGAGAUGCGUCUUGAAUGCAUCCUGUAGCAUCCGGGUGCAAGCACUGUGGGGACCAUAUACAUCUAAAGAGACAGAGAGACAGACAGGUAGAUACAUGAUGAGGGAUAGAUAUAGAUAGAGCUCGAUGUCUAGAUAGAGAUAGAGAAGUACAGAAGUAGCCGUAAGUUGCUCGGACGCCACAGGGCUCCUUUGGAGAGCAUGCGUUUGAAGUUCAGUGAUCGUGUACCCAGUUGUCACCUUGGCGAGGCGAAGAGUUUGCGUGGUUGAUUUGAACUGACUUUUGUGUCCUCAGGUCGUUACAAGGUGUUGAUCGCCACAGAUGUCGCUGCGAGGGGCAUCGACGUCGACAGCGUGGACUUGGUUCUCCUUCAUUCACCUGCCUUCGCCAAACGCCAUCCUGAAAUCUGGAGAUUCGCGUCGUCGCAGAAGACCUGGGCGUCGAACUGCCCCCGACCCUCGGCGACAUCCGUCGGAGCGCUGCGGAUCGCCGAGGACAGCAACGAAAUCGCAGCGGACGCGCUCCAGAAGAGAACGCCCGGGUGCCUUUCAAUCGGCGAGGCAGAGCGCGGAGCGACGAUACGAAUUUCUGGGAUGUUUAAAGGUCUCUAAAACCAGCAAACUUGGAAGGCGGAAAAACAGUCUGUCGGGACUUCUCGUCCUGUUCAUCACAUUUCUCUCGUCGUCCGUGGUUUGGCAUCCUACAGAUCGUAGAAAACAUGACCUCUACAGUGUGUGGAACGUUCGUGUCAACUGCACUUGUCUCGUUUCCUCCGCGUCUUUGUCGACGCCUCAGCCAGAAACGAAGUCCACGGUUUCCAGCUUCAUGGCGUUCUUUUCUCGCGACCUGUGUUUGCCGAAGUACGAGCGCUUCUUGACUGGAACUCGCCAGGGGAAGCGUUUCCACAAGAAAUCCUGUCUCGGAGACGACGUCUCUCAGUAGCCGACGGUCCUGACCAGCGCUUGCAAAGUUUAGAAACUUGGUCGCGUGUGUCGGCCAGCAAAGAAGGCGCCCAGCGAGGUCACUGGUUGAGAGUUUCACACGAAUUCAUUGGACCGCCGGCUUCGCCUUAGUUUCGGAAAACCUUGAGAAGCGCGACAUGUUUCUGAGCUUCCACGUCUUCUCUCUUCGGACGCUG